AUGGGUGGACAUUCGAAGAAACAUGGGAAGGGUGGUGGUGGUGGCGGCGCUGGUGGUGGGCGCUACCGGCCACCUGAGCAGAGAAAGAGGCUAACCAAGGAUCCCGGGGUGCCGGACCUUAAGAAAGUGGCACACAAAUUAACGCGUACCGCGCAGAAUCGUAACCGCAGUGUUUUUAGCAUUUCUGCUGUGCGUGGGACAGCCAACAUUCUCUCCAAUGUCGCCACGUUCGAUUCGAAAUCCGGUGAGCCUUCUCAAACUUCAGAGGAGCGCGUGGCUGCAGAGCGGCGUGCCAUGAGAACACUUGCCCUUCAGUGCGCAGAAAAGGCGUACCACUAUGAGGUGCCUCAGCAGUGGGUAGAUGAAGCGGGAGGGGAAGAUUGCAUUUGCGAUGACUUGGAUCGACGGGGUGUGGACAAGUCUCUUCGGCGAUUUUACAGAGAGUUUCAAAAAGUGGUUGAAAACAGCGAUGUGCUUCUGCAGGUGGUGGAUGCCCGCGACCCACUUGGGUGCCGUCUUACCCAGUUGGAAAAAUCCAUUCGUUCUCAGUUUGGAGAUGAAAGGAAAAAGAUGGUCGUGGUCCUUAACAAAGUAGAUUUGUUGCCUUCAAAAGAAGUGGUGGACAGUUGGAUAAACUUUUUCGAGUCGCACGAAGGUGUGGCAUGCAUUCCUUUUACAGCGACCGCAAAAGGCGCACUUGGCCACAGCUAUGUUUCGAACAUGUUUCGCCGCUUACGUGCAUUGGCAUUAAAUGAAGAAACGGGGGCGCGGAAGUCUAUUGUGGUGGGUGUGAUCGGUUACCCAAACGUAGGGAAGAGUUCCAUUAUUAAUGCUCUCAAGCAGAAGCACGUGGUGGGAGUUGGUAACACGCCAGGGUUUACAACAGGCACCACGGAGGUUGAGUUGCGCUCGGAUAUUCGUGUGAUAGACUGCCCCGGUGUCGUGUCUCCCGGUGAGGAUAACGGUGAUGUGGUGCUGCGCAACGCCGUAAAGGUUAGCAACAUCGCCGAUCCCUUCACAGUUGUGCAACGACUUAUUCAGCGUUGUAUGCAGGUGGACACAGAGGAUGAACACAGUCGACAGCUGCUUGCGGCAGGCAUUCACCCCCUGGCCCUUUUUUAUAAUAUUGGUACCUUUGACACGAAUGACACCAUUGAGUUUAUACGCCUAGUCGGGCAACGACGAGGCAGACUACGUCAAGGAGGGGCGGUUGACGAGGAAGGCACCGCACGCAUGAUUUUGCAGGACUGGAACGACGGCCGCAUUGCGUACUACACACUACCGCCCACCUCGGACCUCUUUGACCGUGCGACGCUGACAACAACGGCGGAGGAGGACACCGCGCAGCGCAUCAUGGUUGCAGCAGACGGAUUGUGUGGCCCACAGGUGGUGGAUUCCCUUGCAAGUGGCUUGCAGUGGGAGGGUCUGCCGACGUUUCAUAUUGCAUGGGGUAGGCGGGAGGGGACCGGUUGUCGGCGCGCACGUUACGAUAGCAUAAACACCCCGGACUACGGCUGCAGUGAGGACGUGGAGCCGUAG